AUGCAUUUUACAAAUUUUGCCGCUUCCACCACCUUUAUCGCUAGAGAAUUGGGUGAAAAUGAGACUGAUCAUGUUGGCCUGCUGGCCUUCAAGUCAAAGAUAAGUGGUGACCCUCAUGGGGUCCUGAACUCAUGGAAUGAUUCUCGCCAUUUCUGUGAAUGGGAGGGCGUUACAUGUAGUCGCAGGCAUAAAAGAGUCACGGUCCUAGACCUAAGGGUAAGAGCCUUGUUCGGAUCCUUGUCCCCCCACAUUGGCAACCUCAGCUUCCUGAGGGAGAUCAAACUCUCAGGAAACGAAAUUCAAGGUGAAAUCCCAGGCGAAGUUGGCCGGCUAUUCAGAUUAGAAGUUCUACUUCUCGGCAAUAACUCACUUGUAGGGAAUAUUCCUGCCAACUUGUCCCGUUGUUCCAGGCUCAGAGAACUAUAUGUGGGACGCAACGAGCUGACAGGGAAAAUUCCAAUGGAGUUAGCGUCUUUGUUCAACCUGAAAGAAUUAGGUACACACUGGAACAAUCUGAUAGGAGGCAUCCCCCCUUUUCUUGGGAACCUUACCUCCCUUGAAGCGUUAUCUAUAUCUUACAACAAUUUCGGAGGAAAUAUUCCAGAUUCAUUGGGUCGAUUGAAGAAAUUAACAUCUCUGGGACUUGGCGGAAGCAACCUCUCCGGUACAAUUCCUCCUUCCAUUUUCAAUCUUUCCUUGCUUGCUAAUUUUACUGUGUCUGAGAAUCAACUUCAUGGAAGUCUUCCAUCAAAUUUAGGCCUUGCUCUUCCCCAUCUCAAAUUUUUUCAAAUCUCACAAAACUUAUUUUCCGGAUCCAUUCCAAUGUCUUUAUCCAAUGCUUCUAAACUCGAAUUUAUUGAAAUGUAUGAUAACAAUUUCUCUGGAAAACUGUCAGUUGAUUUUGGAGCAAUGCAACACCUUUCAUACCUUAAUGUAGGCAACAAUAAUUUAGGAAGUGGGGAAGCUGAUGAGAUGAGUUUUAUCAGUUCUUUGGCCAACUGUAGCAGUUUGUAUAGUUUGACUUUAGCUGUAAACCAAUUCAGAGCAACAUUGCCUCAUUCAUUAGUUAAUCUUUCUACUCAUCUCCAACAGUUAAUUAUUAAUAGGAAUCAGCUGUAUGGAAGCAUCCCUUCAGGGAUAGGUAAUCUUGUUAGCUUAUAUUUAUUGGGUAUGGAGCGUAACCAAUUUACAGGCACAAUUCCCAAAGAAAUAGGUAAGCUUCAGAACUUACAAUGGAUGGCUCUUAGUGACAACCAGCUCUCAGGGGAAAUUCCUUCUUCUCUGGGAAACGUGUCGGAAUUGGUUGAACUUCUCUUGAACAAUAACAAGUUAUCAGGAAUCAUCCCUUCUAGUCUAGGACAACUGAAACGGUUGUAUAGUUUGAAUCUUUUCCACAAUGAUCUUCGUGGAACUAUACCCAUAGAGAUUUUCAAUAAAUUGAGUCUGUCACUCUCACUAAAUCUAUCCCAAAACCAUUUGGUCGGAUCUAUACCUCCAAACGUUGGUAAUCUGAAAGAUUUAACAGGAUUUGAUGUGUCUGACAAUAACUUGUCCGGAGAGAUUCCAAGUGAACUUGGUUAUUGUUCUAAUCUUGAAAAGCUUUACAUGAAGGGCAACUUCUUCCAUGGAUCCAUUCCAUCAUCAAUGAGUUCUUUGAGAGGUAUUCGAGAGAUAGAUCUUUCUCAAAACAAUUUGUCUGGUCAAAUUCCAAAAUUCUUGGAGACUCUGUCCUUGGAGAAUCUUGAUUUAUCCUUCAAUGACUUAGAAGGUGAAGUGCCAGUGAAAGGAGUUUUCGGAAAUGCGAGUGCAAUAUCUAUUACUGGAAAUAGUGAUAGACUUUGCGGGGGCAUAGCCGAACUGCAACUGCCCAAAUGCACCAACAACAACUCAAAGAAAGAAAAUAUCUCUCAGAAACUCAAAAUAAUAAUCUCAACCACAAGUGCCCUUUUCGGAUUAGCCAUGGCUUCUUAA